AUGGCCGACCAGCAAGCGACGUCCGCCAGCCCUAACAACUCCUCCAUGCCCCAUCAGACUCCAUCAUCAAGCUCUGAGUCUAGACAGGCGCGGCAAUCCUCUGAGUCUUCCGGCUCUAAUCAGGCUUUGGCUACAUCAAGCCCAGCACCAGCCCGUGACAACAGUUCCGUCCCAACGUGGGAGAAUAACUAUGCUGGAUACGACAACGUCCACCGCGAGCAUAAUGGCUGUCAUUAUUAUGCUCCGUAUCCGAAGUUCUGUCAGACAAAUGCCCCUCGGGGGGCUCAGAACGACCAGCAAACUAUCCAGAAUCAGGCAAAUGCCCGUGCCCAGCAACCACCUGCAAUACAACAACCAACUGUGCCGGUUCCUGAUGCUCCUAUCAUGGGGCAACCGAAUGCGUAUGCUCCGUAUCCUGCUCCUCCUUUCAUGGGGCAACAGAGCGCAUAUGCUCUGUAUCCUGCUCCUCCUAUCAUGGGGCAACAUAACGCAUAUACGCAGUAUCCUGCUCCUCCUCCUCUCAUGGGGCAACCAAGUUUCUAUGCUCCUUAUCCUUCUCCUCCUAUCAUGGAGCAUGGCGCAUAUGCUCCAUAUCCCGCUUAUCCACCCAUCAACGCAUACCCAGGCCCCUAUCCUCCCUAUGGAUUUUACCCUAGCUACUCUCCACACCCACCACCUAUGCAGCAAGGCAACGGAUAUUCGCCAUACUAUCCCCAGACACCCAUGGUCCAACACCCGGGCGUAUACGCUCCCCAGGGUCCCCCGAUCCCACAGCCGAACGUACAAGCUCAACAUCCCCCCCAGGCAAGGCAGCCCAACGCAACCGCUUCCUCCUCUCCACCUUCGUCUUCCCCUCCUGAUUCCUCGUCUCCUCCUGAUUCCCCCCCUGAUUCUCCUCCUUCUUCGUCGUCUUCCCCGCCUCGCGUGGGUCAACCCAACAACAACAACAACAACAACAACAACCGGUCCCCCAAGAGACCAUUCCCCAUCACAGACCACAACGCCCAGCAGAUACUCAGAGCGGACUGCCGCAUUUUCGUCGGAAAUCUCCGAACCAACAUGGAGGAAGCACGCCUCGCACAGAACCUCCGCACCCUCUUCGCGCAGUUCGGGCCGUGCUUCGUGAACAUCAAGCAUUCUCGCAAGGACAACGGCCUCACGGCUGCUUUUGUGCAAUUCUACGAACGCCAGGCAGCACUCAACGCAUGCAAGCAUCCCAAACCCCUCCGGUUAGAUGGCCUUGGUUUGAGAGUCGAAAUGGCCAAGGAAGGCAAGUUAUUCCAAUCUCUGAUCCUUGUGCUCUGUGCUCUGCUCUGA